CCGGACCUGGAGAACACCCGGCCCCCCGCGCGAGUCCCGCCGCCACGCGAAGACCUGCUGCCCAGCUGUGAACCAGCAUGGACGUGCCCCUGCUGUGUAUCUGGCGUGGAUGUGCUCCUGCUGUAUAGCAGUGUGCAUGCGCCCCUGCUGUAUACCCACGAUCAUCUGCUGUCCCCUGUUGUGAAUUCCGCGUGAACGUGCCCCUUCUGUGUACUCGCUUGCAUAUGCCCCUGCUGUAUACCGGGCAUGGCUGUGCUUCUGUAUACACACGUGGUCGUGCACGCCCUUCCUGAAUGAUGAGACGCCUGCAUACCUGGCAGGUGGAGGUGGACCGAGAGAGGAGGCCAUCAGAAGUGGCCUCCGCAGCUCAGCCCCGGCGGCGUUCCCUACUCACCGGAGAACACCCGGUCAAGCGUGGCCCCCGGCAUGAGGAACACAAGCAAGGAGCUGCACGGCGCGGCGAGCCGCUACGCUCCCUGCGACUGGUAUUACCACCUUCCCGUGAAGCGGUCCGACAAGCCCGUGGACGUCCCACCAGCCUCCCAGAUCCCGGGCCUCAGUGAUCUGAGGGAGCCUCCCAACAGGCACAUGCCCGGGGCGCGGAGGUACUGGGUAAAAGAAACAGACUCGGAGUACGUGAAGCUUGCGAAGCAAGGCGGCCGGCCCGAUCUGUUGAAGCACUUGGUCCCCAGGACCAGGAAAGGCUCCCCCGUGGCCUACUCCUUGCCGGACUGGUACACCCACCACAGCAAGCCGCCCACGGCCGAGCAGAGACAGGUCCCUGCCAUCUCUAUGCCUGAUUACAUGGUUUACGAAGAGUUCAACCCCGAUCAGACCAACGGUAACUACGAGUCCAGAAGAGGGCCUUUUGACUUUGACGUGAAAACAGUUUGGCAAAGGGAGGCAGAGGAACGCGAAAAGGAGAAGAAAAAGGUGAGGCUCCCAGCCAUUAACUCAAAGUACCCGAGCAAAGUGGGGACCCCGCUCGGCCCCAAAGACCCUGCAGGAGGCAGACUCUCCUUUCCUCCCAUGCCUGGUCAAAAAGCCAGUUCACCCACAAACUUUUCCAAACUUAUCAGCAAUGGGUAUAAGGAUGAGUGGCUACAGCAGCGAGCUGACUCAGAGAAGAGGACCCUGCAGACCUCCGGGGCGGCCCCCCCAUCUCCGUCCACACAGGAGCCCGAAGACAGCCAGGAUGCAGGGUCGGACCCAGACCCGGAGAUGCCUGGGGGCGCCGAGGACAUUCAAGAUGCCCCUCCUCCAAGAGGAACCCCAUCUCCAUCGGCAUCCACGCCAGGAGAGCUCAACUAAACCCCCCGCUAAUAUGCACCUAGGAUCACUUUCUGAUGGCCGAGUAGGAUUGGACGACAUGACGGCUAUACUUAUGGGGCUCCUGCUCUAUUUUAUGAACAUAGAUUCUUAUGCGAUAAUUUAUCUUAGAGCCGAUUUGACAUCAUGUUGCAUAGAUGGUACAAGCGUUGGGCGUUGCUUCGUGUAUCUCUCUGGGAUGUGAAGCACCGAGCCUCGCUGGUCUGGGAUGUCCCAGUGUCUUGGAACCAUCCACUUCCUCCCCAUCCCACCAUCAUCUGACGUGCAAGUCUCCGUUCGUGGCAUUUCGAUUAUGAUCAACUAUUUAGACUCUACCCAGAAGAAACUCAAAAUCUUUUCCUUUAUGUGGUUCUGCAAUCUUUGUAGAAAUAAUUUUUUCUGUUUCAAAAAAAUUUAACUCCAGAAUAUUGUGUCAUAGUUUAUACUAAGAAAAAGAUUGAUUUAUUAUGCCUUAAGGUUGUAAGCUUUUAAUGUAAAAGCAUGGUAGCAUUUGCCGGUUUAAAAUGUUUGCUAAUAUUUUUUGCAUACACUGAAAUUCAUAAUAUUACACAUUUAUUAUUUUGUAUCAUAUAGGUAAAACUAUGCUUAAUUUUAACAUUUAAUUUAGUAGUCUUAACAAAAAUUUUUAAAUAAUCAGACUGAAUUUUCUUAUUUUAUAAAUUUUGCUAUGUUUGUAUGUAACUAAUUAGCAUGACAAUGUAGUUUUAUAUUUUGUACAUUUAUUUCAUGAAUAAAAUAAUUUUUGCUGGGAGAUUUUCAGAAA